AUCUCGUUGAGAAUCUCCAGAGGAAGCUUGUUGUGCGGCACAAUGUCGGAGGUAUGCUGCUCGGUCUUGGCGCAGACGCUCACCGCGGCAGCGUGUGCGCAUUGGCGUACUCCCCAAAUGGCCUCUACGUCGCCAGCGGCUAUGAAGAUUCCACCAUCAUCUUGUGGGAUCCCGCCACCGGAGGUCGCAUCACGGAGCUAAGGGGGCACACAGACACCAUCUGCGCACUCGCAUUCUCACCAGACAGCUCUCUCCUUGCCUCUGGUUCCCGCGAUUGCUCGAUCAUCUUGUGGAACGUGGUUGCUGGCGAGAAGACGGUCGCGCUCAAUGGUCAUGACGGCUUCAUCGACACGCUCGCGUUCUCUCCGGAUGGCAAAAAACUCGCAUCUGGUUCAGUCGAUUUCACAGUGCGGAUAUGGGACGUAGAGAGAGGCGAACAGCAAUCACUGUGCAAGGCCCAUAAUGCCCUCGUCAUGGUUGUCACGUUCUCUCCCGACGGCACUCAGCUCGCGUCCGGGAGUGCCGACUGCGAUACGCGUGUGUGGGAUGCUGAGACCGGCAUGGAAAUAUCUGUUCUUAAGGGCCACCAGGGCGUGGUCUACUCUGUCCAGUUCGCGCCCGACGGUCGCCGCCUGGCCACGGCGUCAGACGAUGGCACCAGCGUGGUCUGGCACGCGAAAUCUGGCGAGAGGCUCGUCAUCUUCCGCGAGCACUCGGGUCCUGUCUGGUCCACGGCAUUCUCGUCGGACGGCAAGCGUCUACUGUCUGUCGCGAGCGACCGGACUGUCAAGGUAUGCGACUCGUACAGCACUGAGGCGAUUCUGGCGAUCGAUGGGGCAGAGGGCAUGGUGAACGCGGCAGUGUUCUCGGAUGACGGUGAGUUUGUGGCGGCGGGUGCAGAGGACCAUUCUGUGUGCGUGUGGAAUACGCGGACGGGCGAGCGGAUCUCGGUGCUGGAAGGGCACACGGACAACCUUGUGAAUUUGCGGUUCUCGCCAGACAACCGUCGUCUGGCAUCUGCGUCAGAUGACAGCACGGUGCGCAUCUGGAACAUUUCAGUGGCGCUGCCAGCCGCGGUAUGAACGAAUGCUUGUAUCUCGAAAGGUUAUCCAUGGUGGUGGAUUCAUGUUCAGACGAGAGAUGACCAUUUGCUGAUCUCGGGACUUGUGUAUUACCUCGGGACUAGUUCGCAGCGAGCGUGCACCGAUGCCUUGGAACUUGCAUCUCUCCCUGUAUAAUUUCAUAUCUGCCGAUGUACUGUUCACGUUGUCAGAUGCUCUCCGAUCAUGCAUCUAUUCUCAGU